ACUGUGAUCUGUCUCUCUUUGUACCCCUGUUUCCAUUCACCCUCCUGUUUCCCAUACAAUUCUUUAUUUUUCUAUUUGUCCCUCCAUAUCUUCCUUCACUUCUAUCACAUCCCCUUGUCCUCUAGCUUUUUUCUCCCCAUCAGUUGUCUCUCUUCUUCUCUGUAUCUCUGGGGUUUCUGUCCCCUCCUUGCUGCCAAGCUGGAUUUCCUGCAGGUGAAGCAUCUGAAGAGGAAGAGGAAGAGCAACUACAGCGUUAGAGAAACACAGACUCUCAUCAGGGAAAUCCACAAGAGGACAGACGUGUUGUUUUCCAGACAGCAGAACACAGCCAUUAACGAGCUGAAGAGACAGGCAUGGGAGGAAGUAGCUCGGAGUGUUAAUUCACUGGGGGAGGGAGAGCUACGCACUGCUGCAGAGGUGAAGCGUCGUUACCUGGACUGGCGUGCACUGAUGAAGAGAAAACAGCUCCGGGCCGAGCUCUCUCUCUCCUCGUCCUCCUCCUCGUCCGUGGCCCUGAAGACUGAGUAUGAUCAGUCGUCCCCUGAGCAUGAGGCAGCGUCUCUGGGAUCUGGCUGUGACCAGCUGCUUGACCUCUCGGGCCUCUCCAAGGACUGUCACUGUGACUGGCCGGAGCUGGCGGCUCUUGGUGAGCCGAGCGGGCAGGGCAUGAUGCCGCCGCUGGGAGUGAAGAUGGAGGACGAUGUCAGUGAAUACAGACUGGAUGGUGACGGAGAAAUGGGAGAUGGAGAAAUUGACGAAGAUGAUAUUCCCUCCAUACUCAGUGACAUUGAGUCCCGUGGCGAGGGGCAUGUUGGUGAUGUUUACUCUCACAACGACUUGGACAUGCUCAGUUCCUCCAAGGCUCCGGCCUCCACCACCAACAGAGACCUAGCGCCUGCUGGCAUGAUAGGGCUACCAGCUCACACUCUGGGUGGACUGGCCAGUCAUGAAAACAUGGGGGCGGGGUUCCUGGUUGCGGUUGAGAAACAGCGAUUGGAGCUGGAAAAACAGCGUCUGGCUGUGGAAACUGAACGGCUGGCAGUGGAGAAAGAGCGCCUGGCGGUGGAGAAGGAGCGGCUUCGUCAGAUGGAGGUAGAGAGGGAGAGGCUGCAGCUGGAGAGGGAGAGGCUACAGGUGGAGAGAGAAAGGCUGAGGCUCCUGCUUCUUAACCAAUCAGAGCACAUUGACUCCUCCCUUAACCUGCCGCCACAGCAAGGUCCGCCCUCGUCCUCCACAUGCUCUUUAUCAUCCUCUGCUCAUGACGGACAGAGGGAGAGGGAGAAAGAGUGUAAAGGCUGGAUGCCAGUGGUGGAUCUGGAGAAAGAACGGCUGAAACUAGAGAAGGAGAGACUGCAGCUGGAGAAAGAGAGGCUGCAGUUCUUCAAAUUUGAGGCCGGCAGACUACAGAUUGAGAGAGAACGCCUCCAAGUGGAGAAAGAGAGAAUGCAGCUGCACAAAGAUCAUCAGGGCCACUGAGAAAAAAAGAUGAAUGCAAUUCAAUUCUCACCAGCUUUAGGGGCACUUUUAAUACUGAAAACAACCCAGAAUGUGUGGAUUUACAUCAGCAACUGCUUCCUUAUCAAGUUUCCCACAAGUGUGAGGCACUUAAAUGAUUAUUCCUGACUGGAAUUUGGCCAAGGAGAAGACUGAGGGAUGGAGGGCUGGCAUAUUUAUUACCACCAUGAUAAAGCAGUGCCUUAUGAUGUCUUCAUAAAAUGAGUGGCAGGACAGAAAAGAUGCCAUGAUGAUAAAAUCUAGGAUUUGUUUGGCACAGGCAGCUAGUUAGCCCUGAACGUAUUUGAUUUAUAACAUGUUCAGUGCCUCAUCCAAAUACACUAAUGCACCAAAUGUGCAGUAUAAAACUGGGAUGCUGGGAUAUUAAUGCAAAAACAUCCUUUCUAGGAUGGUUUGUGUUGGGAAGCAACAUUUAAAUUACAAAAUAAGUGUAAUUUUGAUCCAUUAGAGAAAACAUUCUCUUCAAAAACAUUAUUCAAUUGCAGUUACUACAAUCAAAAUGUUGAUUUUAAAGGGGUUAUAGUUGAAUAUGUUCUUUUUGGUAACAAAAAAUUAAAUGUAGAAUGUGAAAUUAAUUAUGUUUGGAUCAUUUUGGUGUGCAGGAAUGUCUCCUUCUGACAACAUGGGUCAGCAAAGUUGUUGGGAUAAAUAUAAAUGCAGCACCAUCAAGGGUAGGAUGGGUUAUGGGGAGCUGUCUUUAUGUCCAGGCUCCAAUCAUUUGGCAAUAUGCUCAAUUUUUAAGUGUUGUUUUUGAUUGAUUCUCUUGUUGGAACUUGAUCAAUUUUCAGUUUUCAGUCUUUCAGCCAUGUCCCUUGGAAUAAUUUGAUGUAACCCAUUUUUUUUUUACACAUCUUUAAUUUUAGUUAUGUGAAUAAAAAUGACACAAUGAAAUAUUCAGUAUGUGAGUCUGCCAUGCCUGCAACCAGCCGAGCAGCCGAGGCAGGUGACGAGACGCCUUUCAGUGUUAGAAAUUCCACAGCAUUUUCCUUUUGAAAUCAGAAAAGGGCUCUAACAUUACUGUACAGUGUAAAGCUUGUUUACCAGUGGUGACCCUUUUUAGGACUUUUUAGCUUUAUUGCCCAGUUUAAAAUGAUUGUAAAAAACAAAAAUCAUCAUAAAGUAACGGGUAAUUAAAAUAGUUACAUUACUUAUUACAUUUUUAACAGAGUAACUUAUAAUAUGUAACCCAUUAAAAUUAGAAACCACGUCAUGUCUUACUCUGCAUUUAUGCACCAAAUCAGUGCCAAUUUAACUACUGCAUGGCUGCUUGUCAGUGUAAUUUAGCUUCCAAUUUCAAAAACAAAAGCACACUACUCUCCCCUACAAAGCCUAACUGCAGUAACUACGCAAAGGGUAAAACUGAGAAAAUCUGCUUAAAAGGUUUUUUUUUUACUUUUUAUUUAACUUACCAGCCAAAUGGGUUAUAGGUAGGUUGGUGAUAUGACACUUAUUUCUACAUGUAUUGAUGAUGUCAUUUUUAUGCAAAAAAAAUUCUGACGAUUUAUUUGACCUUUGUCACAAAAAAUUUAGUUACUGCACUCUGGUUUUGCUGUAAAAUGAUCUAAUAGUAAUAAAAAAAAACUGAGUGCAGUAACUAGAAUGUUGUUUCAAAAGUGUUUAACAACUCAAUUCAAAGAUUUGUGUAUUUUAGACUUAAUAUUAUAAAGUAAUGGUGUAUUUUAGUCUUGAUAUAAUUUUAUCUAACUUUUUUUUUAACUUAAUUACUAUCUAGAUAUUAAUUUCCCUAUCAAAUAAACUUAUAAUUUAUAUUAUUCUUGUCUUCACUGUUCCACACAAUAAAGAAAUACAAGGCUACACUGUAUCACAGUGGAUUUUGUAGUUACUGCAAUUUUUACAUUAUUUUUUCUCUGAAAUAAAGUAAAAUUCAAAUCUAAAACUUUGUCACAAGAUAAAACAGAGAUAAAGGAGUUCAUUUUUAGUCAUAAGUCAAUUUCGACCAAAAAAGUAGUUACUGCAGUUAGGCUUUGUAUGGCAGUACUGUACAGUUAUUUUUAUGCUAUUUAUGUUUUACUGUCAAGUGCUUGUGUAAUAAUAAUAUAAUUUGCAUGGUAAUGCUUGUGACUUUGUUCAUUCGUCCACUAAUGUCAAACUAAUAUAUAUAUAUUUUUUAAUUUUUUUAAUUAAUUUUUAAUUUUUUCAUGCUUUAACACCAGCCGUUGUUAAAGCAUGAAAAGCACAGGUGUCACUAACAACUCUAGCGGUAGUGGCCCUGUUAUGGUUAAAUGUCCCAGCAAGCCAUGACAGUGCGACAGCGAGGCAACACGCACAAUAAACAACACUGAAACUGAAGCAGCUCAUUUAAAUUCAGUCAUCAUUAACUUGAUUAUUUACACCUGUGCUUCUCCUACUGCGAUACGUCAAAAUGUCUGCUGUGAAAUAAAGCCUGUUAGGUUUUUGAUGUUUUUGCUGUUAAGAUUUGUGGACUUGGAGAGGAGCCUGAACAUCUGUGACGAGCAGCUGCUGGAAGUUGUGGUGUGCAUGCUAGGAAAUGAGAGUGAAAUAUUCCUUUAAUGGCUAUGUUUUCUUCAGUUCUUUUGUAGUGUUAUUAAUAUCAUGUGAAUUGUCGCUGGCUGCUCAGAAUUACAUUCUGCUACUGUGUACUGAAGGUUAUGUCGUCCGACACACAAACCGCAAUAUACUAUGCCUGUUGUAAACAAUCACUUCUUUUUAAAGUUUGUCCCUUUUUUAUCCAUAAUCUACUAAUUUAUAAACAUUUUUAUGAUGUCUUAGUCCGUCCCUGUGCCUCUGUGUU